UCACCAGUUGAUUUUUGAAGUAAGAAGAUAAAAUGCUGCGCAGCUUACAAACUUGUUUAAAAAUACAUUCCCGCUACGGGGCGUACCGCUUGGCCAGCAAUGCCACAGAAGAGCAACAACAAUUUGUAUCAGUUUCUGAGAUUUCUGGCGUUAGAGAAAUUAUGUUAAAUCAUCCAAAAACAUUAAACUCACUAUCUAUGGACAUGAUGACGGCUUUGCAGGAUGCAAUGAUAAAGGAUGUGGAUGAUAUCAAUUUGCGUUGCAUUGUCCUGUCGGCCAAGGGUAAAAUGUGGUCAGCCGGACACAAUUUAAAGGAGCUGCAAGGUAAUCAGGAGAUCCAGGAACGCGUUUUUCAAAAGUUGACCGACAUAAUUAGUACUAUACAAAAAAUACCAGUGCCUGUUAUUGCCAAAGUAAAUGGAUAUGCUGCGGCAGCCGGUUGCCAACUAGUUGCUUCCUGCGACAUGCUCGUUUGCAGUGACAAGAGCAUGUUCUCAACGCCAGGAGCCAGUGUUGGUGUAUUUUGCUCUACGCCGGGUAUUGCAAUUUCACGCAUAAUGCCACGCCCCAAGGCUGCUUACAUGCUCUUGACUGGCUUGCCUAUAGGAGGCGAGGAGGCUUAUAUAGCCGGUUUGGCCACCAAGGUAGUGCCCGAGGCGGAACUUGAUGAUGAAAUAGAUCGCAUCACUUGUGCCAUCAAAUCGAAGAGCCGUGCAGUCAUUUCAUUUGGGAAAAAGUUCUUCUAUCAACAACUGGGAAUGCCCUUAAAUAAGGCUUAUGAGCAGGGAAAAACUAAAAUGUGCGAUAAUCUAAAGCUCGCUGACAGCCAGGAAGGCAUCCAGAGCUUUAUAGAGAAGCGCCCACCUAAAUGGAAUCACGAAAACUAAGAAAUUAGCAAAGCAACUUCAAAUUCAGUGGGACCAGAUGUGCAUUUAUUUAGUAUAUGAAGAAAUUAAACAUUUAAUGUUGCCAAAA